CGGUUACUUUCUAUGGGGUCACUGCACUGCUGGAGGCUGUGGAUGCUGCUGACGUUAGCUGCUACACUGUUUUAGACUCCAAAGCCGAAGAAAACUUUUGUUUAAAAGGAUGAACGAGGGCAACGACUUAUCACUGACCAUCGCUCGCAUCGUGCAGCGGCUCAAAGGAAGUCAUUUACACUCUCAGAUAGAGAGGCAAGCCAAAGAGUGUUUACAUCAGCCCGAGAUUAAAUUGGAGUCUCUUAAGGAGGACGUGCGCAGUUUUCUCAAAACAUCAGGCUGGGAGAGGAAGCUGCAGAAUGCAGUGUACAGAGAACUUCAUGUCCAGCUGCCCCUGAGCCAUCCCAUAGCUCCUGCAGAGCAUCUCAAAGAGCCACUGGCCUACAUGCGCAAAGCACAGGCCAGCUGGGAGAAGCGUGUCCUCAAAAGCCUGAACAGCAUGAGCUCAGAGUUGGGGGUGCCACUGGCUCGAAUGAGGCCUGCAGCAGAGCAGAAGGAGAUCACUAACAAAUGGAACGAGAUGGGCACAGAUGAACCAGAUUUAAGCCGCUUUAGGCCCGUCUAUGCGCCCAAAGACUUUCUAGAGGUGUUGAUCAGUUUGCAGAACCCCAACUAUGACAGUAGUGAGGCUGUCAGCUCCAGGAGUCACUGGGGCCUCAUACACUCUCCCCUCAAUGUCAGGGACAUCCCACAGCUGAGACGGUCGUUCUCAGAGCUCAACCUGACCACGGGGCAGUUGGGGAUUGACGACCACGCACACAUACAUCCAGACUUGUUUGAAAGUGACUACGUACAAAUUGGGAAGAAAGUGGUUGAGGAUCAGGACAGUGCAGCAGCUCAGCAGUACAGCAGGCGAGGCUGCCCCACUGGGCUCAGAGCAGAUCUGUGGGCCCUCAUUCUGAACUCCACCAACCAGCCACAGGAUGUCAUGCAUUAUGAACAGCUGAAGGCCGGCGUCAUACAGCAUGACCUGCUGGUGGACAAACUUAUCUAUAAGGAUGUGAAGCUCACCGCCAGUAAUGACGACUACUACUUUGUGUUUGAAGACUUCCUCUAUCAGGUGUUCCUGUGUUUCUCCCGGGACACCGCCGUGUUGGAGCACUUCAAAUACAACAGUGCCACUCCUCCUAAAGCCUACGUCCAGGGGAAAGUGGAUGACGAGGAGUGUGCUGUUGUUUAUCCUCCCAACGGUGUGAUCCCGUUCCAUGGGUUUUCGAUGUAUGUGGCACCUUUGUGUUACUUGUACAAUGAGCCAUCCAAGCUGUACAGUGUCUUCAGGGAGAUGUACAUCCGCUUCUUCUUCAGAUUACACUCCAUCUCCUCCUCUCCCUCGGGUAUAGUGUCUUUGUGUCUGCAGUUUGAGCGGCUGAUCCAGACCCACCUGCCUCAGCUGUUCUACCACCUCCGACAGAUCGGUGCACAGCCGUUGCGUAUCGCCUUUAAGUGGAUGGUUCGAGCUUUUUCUGGUUAUCUGUCGACUGACCAGCUGCUCCUUCUCUGGGAUCGAAUCCUGGGGUAUGAAUCACUGGAGAUAGUCGCAGUCCUUGCAGCUGCUGUGUUUGCCUUCCGUGCUGAGAACCUGAUGGAAGUGACGUCACUGGCCUCGGCUGAGGCCGUCCUCGCUGACCUUUCCACUCUGAAGGUCAUUCCCCUCAUUCAGAUCUUCCUAUUUGCCACUGCCAUCUGACACCUGAGGAGCACCGGAACUACAGUCCAUGAGUCCGUGGUACGUACAGUAUGUAUGUACCACACGCUGGAGGGUAAAGAAACGUGAAGAAAUUGCGCUCUGCCAUGAAAACCACAUCCAGCAUAUGACUAAUGAUCUAUAGAGAAGCACCAGGUUAUACUGUGAAAUAUCAAAGUGUUACUGGUGUUACAAAAUUCACCCUGCAGUGAUUCAAGCAUCAGGCCAAACCUGUCUUUAGCAUGUCACAUGUCGUGAGAUACAGUAUUAUAAGUACAGAUAAACACACACCAGCGCUCACUCGGGUCAGCUGGAUCAGAAAAUAUCACCUCCUUUGCAAUGCAUUUAUGCUAAGACAUAUACAUACAUAUAAAUAAAUAUAUAUGUA